GGUGUGACGGGGCCGGCGUCGCAGCGAAGUUGCAAGUCGGCGAAAGCGGCGGGAAGUUCGUACUGGGCAGAAGGCGACGGGUCUGCGGCUCGGGUGAAAAUGCCUCGUGUAAAAGCAGCUCAAGCUGGAAGACAGGGCCCUGCAAAGAGACAUCUUGCAGAACAUUUUGCAGCUGGGGAGAUAAUCACUGACAUGGCAAAAAAGGAAUGGAAACUGGGAUCACCCAUUGGCCAAGGUGGUUUUGGCUGUAUAUAUCUUGCUGAUAAGAAUUCUUCAAAAUCGGUGGGCAGCGAUGCACCCUGUGUUGUAAAAGUGGAACCCAGUGACAAUGGACCUCUUUUUACUGAACUAAAGUUCUACCAGCGAGCUGCCAAACCAGAACAAAUUCAGAAAUGGAUUCGUACCCACAAGCUGAAGUACCUGGGUGUUCCUAAGUAUUGGGGGUCUGGUCUACAUGAUAAAAAUGGAAAAAGUUACAGGUUUAUGAUAAUGGAUCGCUUUGGGAGUGACCUUCAGAAAAUAUAUGAAGCAAAUGCCAAAAGGUUUUCUCGGAAAACUGUCUUGCAGCUAAGCUUAAGAAUUCUGGAUAUUCUGGAGUAUAUUCAUGAGCAUGAAUACGUGCACGGAGAUAUCAAGGCCUCAAAUCUUCUUCUCAGCUACAAGAAUCCUGACCAGGUGUACUUGGUAGAUUAUGGCCUUGCUUAUCGGUACUGCCCAGAAGGGAUUCACAAAGAAUACAAAGAAGACCCCAAAAGAUGUCACGAUGGCACGAUUGAAUUCACCAGCAUCGACGCGCACAAUGGCGUGGCCCCCUCAAGACGUGGUGAUUUGGAAAUCCUUGGCUAUUGCAUGAUCCAGUGGCUUAGUGGCCAUCUUCCUUGGGAGGAUAAUUUGAAAGAUCCUAACUAUGUUAGAGAUUCCAAAAUUAGAUACAGAGAAAACAUUGCGGGUUUGAUGGACAAAUGUUUUCCUGAGAAAAACAAGCCAGAUGAAAUUGCUAAAUACAUGGAAACAGUGAAAUUACUGGACUAUGCUGAAAAACCUCUUUAUGAGAAGUUACGAGAUAUUCUUUUGCAAGGACUAAAAGCUGUAGGAAGUAAGGACGAUGGCAAACUGGACCUCAGUGUUGUGGAGAAUGGAGGUUUGAAAACAAAAACAAAAGCAAAGAAGAGAAAGAAAGAAAUUGAGGAAAGCAUGGAAUCUAGUGUUGAAGAUAUGGAAUGCUCAGAUACACGGACAGAAGAGGCCACACAAACCCGUUCGAAAACCAGAAAGAGAGUCCAGAAGUAAAUCAAAUGCUGUGAACCAGUUUUUCUUUUCUUCCUUUCAUUUGACCUUUUCCUCUUUUUCUUUAUUAAGUGUCUUCUUUUCAUGUGAGUCUUGUUGGGAGGGAGAUAGCAGUAGAGUACCUAUGUCUUUGAAAAACAAACUUUUUUAAUUAAAAUAAAUACUUUGUACAUUUUAUUAAAGCCUAAUUUAUAAAAGUUUGCAAUCUUAAGGUUAUACCCUGUAAGCUAUUCCAUGCUUUGUGUGUUUGAGGUUCUGGAGUACAUAUAAGAAAAAUUACUAUGACAUGCACUUUUCUAAUCAUUGUAUAUUUUCCAGAGUGUAUAAAAUCUGGCAAAAUCCUUACUUUUAAGGAAAUACACAACUUAAAAUAAAGGUCUCCUUUUGCUUAAUACAAAUACACAAUUUGUUGUGGCCAUAA